CACUGGAGCAACGCCUGGCUGGAGCAGGAGGCGCUGACUGAAGUUUUGAAAGACGGUGGCGCCGCCUGGUGGCGGGUAACGAAGUUGGCCGGGUAGUUCAAGAUGGACGGCGUCCUUUGAGUGACAGAGGUCUUGCUCACUUUGUGCGUUGUGUGGAAUUUGGUGAGCUUUUUCAGACUCGAAAAGUGCUUGAAACGUAUGCACGACCUUGUGCGCUACCGCCUGCAUCGUCGGACAUGGAAAACGAGCGCUCUGUGCUUCGACAAACCGCGUCGAAAGCAGGGAGACCUGACGAUUGCGGUGAGCAGCGCGCGGUCCCGAAGCGCGGUGGCCGCCGUUAUUGUUGCGUCGUAAAUUGUCAUGAACGUGAGGGUCGUAAUCCUGAUGUGCGGUUCUAUCGGUUCCCCGGAAAGCCGUACGAAGCGGAGCGACGGGAGCGCUGGAUACGUGCUGUUCGACGCAUGAAGGGUGAUGACUGGGAGCCAAAUCAUAACUCACGCAUUUGCAGUCACCAUUUUCUUGGAAAUCAAAAGUCGGACAACCCCAGGAACCAAAACUACAAUCCAUCAAUCUUUCCACAGCAACAGAAGCAAAGGGUUCCCUGUCACAAGCCAGAACUUGUUUCACAGCCACAGUUGCAAAGGAAAAGGACACGCGCUCCUGAAUUCCGAGGACACCGUAGGCCGUUGAAGAAAAGGAGGGCAUGUGCCUUUGAGCUGCAGCAUACCAGCACGAACAACUGCGGAGAUUACGACCAGCCAACUGCUAGUCCAGGGUCUCCUACAAUUGAAUUUGAUGGCAAAAAUCAAGUGGAAAGAUGUGAGGUUGGAACAAUGACAUCACUUGAAGUUCACGAGGUUGGCACCUUGAUGCCAUUCAAAGAUUGUGGCGAGCGUCGUAGAGUGAAAAGACGGCACAUUGGCACAAUGACAUUUUUGCAGCCGGGAGAGCUCCCUUGCCGGCCUUAUGCAUUCUUCUGUGUGUCAGAUGGGAGAAAUGCAUCCACACAGACUUGGUGCAAAUACAUUUCAGUGCAAUCUACUCAGACUCAUACACCUUUUGCUACAGCACCACCACCGCCACCACGUGGUCGCUCACUGGUGGCAGUUAGUAAUGCAGCGGUUGGACCAGACCACAAGUCAGUGUGCUUUGCCAGAGCACAGUCAACAGCCUCACAUGGUUGCUCACUGGUGGGGGUCAGUAAUGCAAUGGUGAGGCCAGACCACAAGUCAGUGGGUUUUCCUGGAGCACAGUCAGCAGCAGCAUCCUGUGAUCGCCCACCGGUGACUGUUAGUAAUGUGGCGGUGGGACCAGACCACAAGACAGUCUGCUUCGUUGGAGCACAGUCUAUGCAUCAAGAUGACGAAUCUAUGCAAAGCCUCUGUGCGGUGACUGCAACCAUGUUCGCACUUCUGGUGAGCAUCAUUCCCAGUGCGAGAACUUUCCAUGGCAUCUCCAAAGCUGACCGUCUCACCCUUUUUCUGAUGAAGUUGAAAACUGGACUCACAUAUGGUUCAUUGGCAGCACUGUUUGGUAUUCACAGCACAACAGUAGCAAGGUGUUUUCACAGUGUUCUGAAUGCACUGUUUGAAAAAACAUGUUCAUGGAUAGAAUGGAAGCAAAGCACUGAUGUGCUCUCUAAGGCACCAGACUACAUUAAGUUGCACUAUCCAAACUGCAAGAUCAUUAUUGACUGCACAGAGGCUCGGGUGGCACAGCCUGCACCAGUAGAGAUACGGGACUUUUACACCUGUUCUAAAGGAACAUUUUCAGCGAAGUUUUUGUUUGGAGUUGCCCCAAAUGGAGCCUUGACAUUUGUGAGGAGUGCGGAGGAGAGAGGUAGUUUAUUAAAUGAGUUCACAGCUGCUGCCUCCCCACUGGAUCCCACAGAUGUUCUCCCUCACAAACCCUCUGCAAAAUCUGCCAACUUGUCACAGUCAAGUGAAAUUCCGGUCACGCCUCCAUCAUCAAAUGGAGAAUGCUCAAACUCUGACAGAGUAGCUGCAGUCCAUUCAGUGUACAGUGUUCGUAUGCACGUGGACCGAAUGAUUCACAGGCUUAAGUUUUUUAACAUUCUGAACCUGCCACUUUCAUCUGAUCUUCAAGAUAAAAUGGAUCGAAUUGUGCAUGUCAUUUGCAUUCUGGCAAACCUACAGGGUAGCAUUUUAAAAAGCAGUGAUCAUAUCCUCUGAAAGUAGGAUUUUCUUAUUGUUUGUGGCACCUACAAAACAAAAUUUAUAUUUAUUUAUUUUGUUACUCCUGACAGUCAUUUUACAGCAGCUUGCUAUGCCUUAUGUCUCUCAGUGCUGUGUAUCAUAUGAAAGCAACAUAUGAAAUAUCAAAGCUUUAACUUGUCACGGUUGAAUGAUCUCAAUGAUAUCGUUUUCACCUGUGUUCAAUGUGACAUUGUACAAUAAACGUGCAGUGCUCAUCCACAGUGUAAUAUCUAUAGCCAUCCUUGAAUCUUUAAUUGUUCCAUGCUAAAUUUUACCGAAAGGAGUAUUAAGCAAGAAUGUCUUGCAUAAAAGUGACCAAGCCCAGAACAGAUAUAAUAAAGGCUCAUGCACU